UGCUGCCAAAUAUUUAAAUUUUCACAAGUUGACGGUAAAUAAAACUCAAAUUAUAUCUCAUUUCUCAAACUACUUCCUUUAAAUAUUCAUCAUCCACCGCUUCUCUUCCUCUGCACUCACUGCCCUAUUUAUAUAUCAUUUACAUUUAUUCAUCACAAAGUCAAAUCAAACUUAAAAAUGCUGCUCAAGCUUCCCAAAAUUUCCAUGGCCUACUCCACUUCUGCUAGCAGGCCGGAAAGUUUGACGGCGGAUAAGCGCUACCGCCCUGCCAAACAAGUGCAUUUUCAGAAAACGCAUUCCAUGCCGCCGCACAAGGCGGAGGUUUUCAAAUCCUUGGAGAGUUGGGCUGAGAAUAAUUUACUGGCUCAUCUAAAACCUGUUGAAAAAUGCUGGCAGCCGCAGGAAUUUCUUCCGCAGCCUGAUUCUGAAGGAUUCUACGAGCAAGUGAAGGAAUUACGGGAGAGAUCAAAUCAACUUUCCGAUGAUUAUUUGGUGGUGCUGGUCGGUGAUAUGAUUACAGAAGAGGCGGUUCCGACGUAUCAGUCGAUGCUGAACUCGCUGGACGGAGUAGAAGACGAGACAGGUGUCUCCCUUACUCCAUGGGCUAUCUGGACUCGAGCUUGGACUGCUGAGGAGAAUAGACAUGGUGACCUUCUCAACAAGUAUCUCUACCUUACGGGUCGGGUUGACAUGAAGAAGAUUGAAAAAACUAUUCAAUAUCUCAUUUCCUCAGGAAUGGAUCCGAAAUUUGAAAACAACCCGUAUCUUGGAUUUAUGUACACCUCAUUCCAGGAGAGAGCAACAUUUAUCUCACAUGGCAACACUGCCAGAUUGGCUAAACAGCAGGGAGACGUCAAACUAGCUCAGAUUUGCGGGACCAUCGCGGCAGAUGAGAAACGACACGAGACCGCUUACGUGGAGAUCGUCGAGAAGCUAUUUGAGGUUGAUCCGGACGCUACAGUUUUGGCAUUCGCCGAUAUGAUGAGAAAAAGAGUCCAGAUGCCCGCGCACUUAGUGUACGACGGCGAAGAUGAUAACCUGUUUAAAAACUACUCAGGUGUGGCCCAGAGAAUCGGAGUUUAUACCGCGAGAGAUUAUGCGGAUAUUUUGGAGUUUCUGGUGAGAAGAUGGAAGGUGGAGAAGCUGACAGGGCUAUCCGGCGAGGGACGUAGAGCUCAGGAUUUUGUAUGCGGGUUAGGAUCCAGAUUCAGAAAAUUGGAGGAAAGAGCUCAGGAAAGAGCAAAUAAAGAAGUAACUGUUCCAUUCAGUUGGAUCUUUGGGAGACAACUCAAGGUUUGACGGGUCGGGUCACCCGGCUGUUGAAGAUAUAAAUAGUUAUUAAACAUUUAUAAUGUACAAUUUUAGUUGUUGCUUGUAUGUAAUUAAUAAUGCAGAGUACUGUUAUGUUUGCUUUGAAUCUGUAAAGAACUUACAUAUUAAUUGUUGUAUGUGUGCAGAAAUUGGAUUAGGCUGAAUCUAUGACUGAACUCAUAGUGUUUUGUAGUAUUAAUAUUGGUGAUAUAAAAUUGAUGAUUUUGUUUGA